AUGGCGGACCCAGAGCUUGGCUCUGACUUGCAGUCGCCAUCUAAAGAGACGAAGCCGAAAGUGGUAGCAGUCGAAAUCCCGCACGAGGGGGCGAUUGUGCUGCUAUCCAAGUAUCGCAAAUAUGCGAAUACCUUGACUCGGGUUUUGGGGUUAGAAACGCGAGGAAUUGAGCGAGUCGGAGAGGAUGAACGGCACUCUCCGGGACGCGAUGAUUACACUCGCAUAUUCUUGCUGUGGCUCAAUUCUUCGUUGACCGCAAACAACGUGAUAGUAGGACUGUACGGUCCGGCACGGUAUAGCCUCGACUGGAGUAAUGCCACCAUGUGUGCUUCUCUUGGAGGAACCUUGGGAAGUAUGGUAGUGGGCUUCAUGAGCACAUGGGGUCCAAAGAGUGGGCACCGCACCUUGAUGGCAACUCGAUACUUCCUGGGCUACUACCUCAGCAAAGUCUGUUGCGUACUGAACGUCCUCACGAUGCUGGGCUACGGCAUGGUGAACGUCAUCCUCGGAGGCCAGGUCAUUUUCGCCGUGUCCGACGGCCACACAGCAGCACCCGUCGGCAUCAUCGUGGUGGCCGUCCUGACCUGGUUCAUUGCAACCUUUGGCAUGCACCUCUUCCACUUUUACACGCGAUACGCCUGGAUCGUCCAACUCUCCAUCCUCUUCGUCAUGGUCGGUUGUGCCGGUCCCAUCUUCAACACCACCAUUGCCCCAUCCUCUGAGCCUACUGCCACCAGCAACUCCAACCGCCUCUCAUUCUUCUCCCUCUGCUUCGCCUCCGCUAUCACCUGGGCGCCCUCCAGCGCCGACUACUUUGUCUAUUUCUCCUCCACCACCAGUCGAUGGCGCAUGUUCCUCGCCGUAAGCACCGGCAUGGGCCUCGCCAUGGUCAUGACCACGUUAUUAGGCAUCGGUCUCGCCACCGGCCUCUCCACCAACAGCAGCUGGCUUGAUGCCUCCCUCACCUCCCAAGGCAGCCUCCUCGUAACCUCCUUCUCCACCCUCCAUGGCUUCGGUAGCUUCUGCUCUGUUAUCCUCAUCCUCGGCAUGGUUUCCAACAACAUUCCCUGCACCUACUCCGCCGGGUUGAAUCUACAAAUGCUCGGCCGGUAUGGACCGCGCAUCCCGCGCCCGCUACUGACCACCAUCGAGGUGAUCGUGUACACGGCGUGCGCGGUCGUGGCGCACGACUACCUGCGUGAAAUCAUGGAGAACUUCCUGCCGUUGAUGAGCUACUGGAUUGUGGUCUGGUUGGUGAUUGUUGUAGAGGAGGGGUGUGUUUUCCGUCGGGGAAAGACGUAUAACUGGGACAUUGUGGAUGAUGUUCAUCGUUUGCCGAUGGGGUUGGCGGCUGGAGUGAGUUUCGUGGUUGGUUGUGUGGGUGCGGUUUUGGGGAUGUCGCAAUCGUACUUCGUCGGACCCAUAGCCAGAUCUCUCUCCGGAGACUGUGACCUUGGAAUGUGGCUUGCGUUGGGCUUGACGGCCGUGUGUUAUCCAGGUCUUCGACUUGUGGAGUUGCGUAUGACUGGACGGUGA